AUGGUAAAUUCUCCAAAUAGUGCUCUUCGUACUUCGUCAGACUGCGAACGUGGCGGUCCUGCUAUUGCACAGCUCGAAAUCAUGUUGGCAAUCUUCCUUCUCGGUCUCUCUGGAUUUACCAGAAGUGCGAUUGCCAUUCCAUCAACGAGCAGAGAAGUCAAGCUACUCGUACAGGAUCUCGAUGUGCAUACGCCGAGUGGUGUAGCUCAAAUGGUCCCGCUGAUAGUAGUGGACAUACACCCGGGACGACUCACUUUCCAUCCCGAAGCACUGAGCAUCAGCAGAGAUGCGACUCUUGAGUUUAGACUGCCACGUACAGACCUGUCAUUGUUCGUGGACUCUACUAGGACAGACCCUAGCGAACUUCAAGAGUUCACGUGGUCCGGGAAAGAAUACGCCUCGGUGCAAGACCUCCGAUUAGAACACCGUGGCAUUGAGGCGGCGGAGAAGGGCGAGCCGAGUCGGUUCCUCUUCUCGGAGCGCCGAGAGCACCGACUGCUUUCCACACCUCUAUUGAGUCCGCAGCAGGCCCUACCCAGCACAGCACUGUUUCUGCAGGAGCCUACAGCCAGCACAGACCUAUCUCACUGUCUGCUCCAGUUCCACUCUGCAGUGUUUCCACAGGAAGCUACAGUCGACACAGACUUAUCUCCCUAUCGCAUCGCCUCCCCAGGCAGCGAGGUUCAGUACAGAUCCGUUUCCCCGCUGCGCUGUUUCCGCAGCAAGCCACAAUCGGCACAUACAUAUCUCACUCCCGAGCGUGUUCCGCAAGGACAUCUCACCUACACGGACAUCUCACCUACACGGACAUCUCACCCACACGGACAUCUCACCUACACGGACAUACCACCCUGCCGCACUGGGUUCGCAAGGAGCACAUUCGGCACGGCUUCAUAUCCCGCAGGGGCCCGCACUCAACGCAGCUCUAUCGCCGAAAUGCAAACUGUAUACUUUGCGAACCAGGAUCAAUUCGAGCCAUCGACAUCAACACUAAAGCAGAGCUUUCAUGAAAUAGAUGGCAGUCCUGCAUAUUCAGCACUUCUUCCCAAGAACGCGAUCAAUCUUGAGCGGAGCACAUUAUUUCUGCAGACCGAACUGGCUAAUGCUCAAAGGAAAAUCUGGUCUGUACAGGAAGACAAGAUGCGAGAAGUCGAUGCCGUACAGUCCAGACUUGAGGUAUUGCAGAUGAAGUAUCAAGAGAAAGAAGACGAAGUCGUUCGUCUGCGCCAGGUGCUCGACCUUCAAACACUCCAGAAUACUCAAGCCGAGGAGAUCUGUCAUUCGAGUGCUUCACCCCGCAACGAAACGCCCGGUGUGGGGAAACUAGGUUACUCGUUCCAUUCUGGGUUAUUUUCGAUCUGA